UCGGCAAAAUCAACAAAUGGGCAUUUCUUGCUUCCUCGAAAUCAACAGAGCCUGACGACGAGAUUGGAUUCUUGAAGAGAAAGCGACACAAGAGCAGAAACACAUCUAUUCCCUCGAAAUCUAGAAGUGUUCUACGUCCAUAAAAGUUCCACGCUUUCCAUAACUGCGAGAGGAUAAAACCAUGAGGGGGCCCUUUCACUUUGGAGGUGGCGGUGGUAGAGGCAUGGGCGGCGGCGGUAACAUGCUAAGGUCUGUCGGCAGGGUGGUCACCAAGACCGGUGUCGGGAUCCAAGAACCGUUCACCGCCUCCACGAACGCCGCUGGCUCCGCGGGAGCCGCCAGCAGCGCUCCCACUUCACCCAGGACAGCUUCCGGGCAUGCCCACAAGCUCAGCUCGAAGAACCAGCUCUCCUUCUCAUCCUGUGCUUCCCCUGCUCCUUCCUCGCCGUUCAGCGUCCCGGCCUCUGCCGCUUCCGCAGCAUGGCCGCCCUUUCCGUCGCCGCAGUUUGACGAGUACGACUGGGUUUCUGUUGAGGGGAGCGAAGAUGAGAGGAGGAGUGUCUACUAUGAUGACUUCUUGCUGGGUCCUGCUCCUUCCACGGAUGAGGUUCACAGCGCUGUCUCCGCUCUACAGCAGGUUUUUGACUCCACAACACACCCCCAGUUCGUUAGAGAUAGGUUCGGAUCCAAUUCAGAUCUGGACAAAGAUAUAACUGCCUCUAGUUUGCUCCACCGGGUUUCCUCAACAGGAUCAGACUCGGACUGGAUUGAUCCCCCACUUCACUUGUCCAACUCUAGAGCAUUGCAACCUUUUGGGCAUGAAAGGGUGAUUGAUGCUUUCCAUAUGCUUCAGAAUGAUCCAUCUGUUCAGAGAAUGGUUGUUUCGCUUUCGACAGAUAAAGCUGUUUGGGAAGCUGUACUGAGGAAUGAGGCUGUAAGGGAGCUCAGAGAAUCAUGCAGUGGAGCUGAGAUUGGGACUUUAUCAGAUGGGAGCUCUGAAGAAGGCAGCAGUGGAGGGAAUCCUGCAGUGGAUAUUCUGAGGCAGAUGAUCGACCACACGAGGGCAAAAUUCAUGGAUGUGGUUGAGAAAAUCACAAAGCUCAUGAGCGAACUCUUCAGCCCACCUCCCUCUCCACUUCCAUCUGCUGCUGCGAAUGAAGGGGUUAGUGUUAUGGAUGGACCUAGCGACCCCUUUGAGGGGAAGCUCCGAGCUUCUUUUAUGCUAUCCGUGGUGGUCCUGUUGAUCGUGGUGUUGAGUCGAGCCCGAGGGGCCUGAUGACUAUAAUUCGACGACAUGACUUUUAGUAGGGUCUAAGUGGGUGAUUUUCUUGUACGGCUUUAGUCACCUUGCUCCCACUUUGUCAUAUAUGGGCAUCUGUGGAUAAAUAAGAAGAAAAAUGACACUUCUUCGUUCUGGGUCUCUGUAAUUAAGUGUCAUCUGAUUUUUAUGCAUUGUUUAGUUUGUUAUUGUUAUAUGAUUAAA